UGAAGGCAUACAAAGAAUUUCUAUCUUGUAAUGACCUUUAACAAAACCCACAUUGAAGCUUCAUCCAAUGGUGCAUGGCAAGGUGAUAACCCAUUAAACUAUGCCCUUCCUCUCUUGAUUAUACAGACCUUACUAGUCCUUUUUGUCAGCCAUUCGCUGACUCUAGUUCUUAAGCCUCUUCGACAACCUAAGGUCAUAGCUGAGAUUCUUGGUGGGAUUCUUUUGGGUCCAUCAGCUCUAGGUCGUAACAAAGCGUAUGUAGAUCGAAUAUUUCCACCAUGGAGUGCACCAAUACUCGAAACAAUUGCAAGCAUUGGACUCUUAUUCUUUCUCUUUCUAGUCGGUCUUGAACUCGAUCUAAAUUCAAUUCGACGAAGUGGUAAAAAAGCUUUCAGCAUUGCACUGGCUGGAAUCCUAGUACCUUUCAUCUCCGGUGUAGGUGUUGCUUUGAUUCUCCGUAAAACCAUCAAAGGUGAACAAAAUGUUGGUUUCGCUCAAUUCGUAGUUUUCAUGGGCGUGUCACUUUCUAUUACUGCUUUCCCUGUGCUAGCCCGCAUUUUAGCAGAACUUAAGCUAUUAACAACCCAAGUUGGUGAAACGGCCAUGGCUGCAGCCGCUUUCAAUGAUUUAGUGGCAUGGGUGUUACUGGCCCUAGCUGUUGCCCUUGCAGAAGGUGGGGAUCACAAGAAAAAACCGUUAGUGUCUGUAUGGGUACUUGUGUGUGGUAUUGCUUUUGUUUUUAUCAUGUUAUUUGCUGUUAGGCCUGUCAUGGCUUGGGUAUCUAAGCGGUGUUCAUCAAAACAUCAAGGAGCAGACGAAACUUAUAUAUGUUUAACCCUUGCUGGAGUAAUGCUGUCGGGAUUCGCGACAGAUUUAAUCGGAAUACAUUCAAUAUUUGGUGCAUUCAUAUUCGGACUAACGAUACCAAAAGGAGAAUUUGCUGGGAAAUUAAUAAAAAGAACAGAAGAUUUUGUUACUGGUCUUUUAUUGCCACUUUAUUUUGCUUCAAGUGGACUAAAAACUGAUGUUACAAAAAUGCAUGGGAUGGAAGCUUGGGGACUCUUAGUACUUGUGACAACAACUGCUUGUGCAGGAAAGAUUGUAGGAACCUCUUUUGUUGCGAUGAUGAAUAAGAUACCUGUUAGGGAAGCGAUGACACUUGGAUUCCUGAUGAAUACUAAAGGAUUAGUUGAGUUAAUAGUUCUCAAUAUUGGCAAGGAGAAAAAGGUCCUCAACGACGAGACGUUUGCCAUCUUAAUCCUCAUGUCAAUUUUUGCAACUUUCAUAACAACCCCAAGUGUAAUGGCUAUUUACAAACCCGCGCGUAAUUCUUCAUCCUGUGACGAUACUCGUAGAAGAAGACGGCAAACUGAGUUCCCUUCAUGCCGGCAGUUCAGUAAUAACUCCGACAAGAAAAACCUUCGUAUUCUUGCUUGCGUUCACGGAAUAGGGAACAUCCCUUCACUCAUCAAACUCGUGGACUCAACUCGGUCAUCAUCACUCAUCAAACUUUAUGUUAUGCACUUUAUGGAACUGAGUGAACGUUCUUCUUCUAUUCUAAUGGUCCAACGGACUCGUCGAAACGGUCUUCCGUUUAUCAACAGAAUUUGUAAAGGUACUGAGCCAGGGGACAGAGUUUCUGCAGCGUUUCAAGGAUACAGCGAUCGACUAGGUCGAGUCAAGGAACUAGACGAGAUUGCAAUAGCCGAAUUUUGUAUGAGAAGGGACGGGCUAACGAUUUAUAUAGAGAAAGAGGCGGAGCGUAUUAGCGAAGGAGUAUUGACAAUGGGGAGAAGCGGAGAGUAUGCACUGAUUGUAACAGGGAGAAGUCGAUUUCCAACAAGAAUGGUUGCAGAGUUAUCGAAAGAACAUACAACUGAACAUGAAGAGCUCGGGACGAUUGGUGAUAUAUUAGCUUCAACAGGGAAUGGUGUUACUUCUUCGGUAUUGGUAAUCCAACAGCACAGCCCUGUAGCAAAUGCUGCUAAUCUGGCUCCAAAAAUCUUGUCAUUAGCUCCUGUAGAUUUCUCAAGCGGUAGCAAAACUGGUGCACCUCUAGACAUCCCCAAAGCAGUAUUCUCUACUGUUUAGUCAAAGCAUAGAUCUGUGAGGGUGCAGGUAUUCAUGUUUACACUUCGGGAUAUUCAUGUUUACAGAUUGCAAGCCCCAUAACGGCAUGAGUAUCCAGAUACUUCUUAGCUAGAGAGUUUUCAAGGCAAUCAAAUUGGGACAGAAGGCCACCUGUUCAGUAUUUGGAGUGAAGCCCAAUACAAAAGCAUUUACAUAAAUAACGGGUGGAACCUUUGAGCCUUCCAAUAAGUUAGCAGGAAUCUGAUUGAUCUUUCUGAUUCUAUUGCUCAGACUGCUACAUUACCACUUGCGUGCUCCUCUUACCACUUGCGUGCUCCUCUUAAAAUAUAGUAUAAAUAUAAAUGCAGGUUGUUGCUUUCCUA